UCCUCGAAGACCGCCAAAAAGUAUCGAGGGUGGCUGGCGGAGAACGGCGAUCGACGACGGAUGGGACCGAAGCGAGGCGAACAGCCACGAGCCAGAGCCGUUGCGCGGUUUGCCUCGUUGUAGGCGCGCAGUGCAGCCGCCGGUGGAAGUAGCCUCGCAGUCGCUGCUCGGCGACGUUUCAGCUGUGCUGAGCGCCACGAGGAACGUCUCGUGUCGCCCGGCGCUCUGGCGUUCGUGCUCUCACCCUUCUCGUGCUUUUUUCCGCUCGUUUCUCCGCCGCCUGUUCAUUCAUCGUGCACGCGUGCACGUGCCCGAUCGAAUCACGAAUCCCGGUGGACAACCAUCGUCUGGCGCGGUCCACCAUCGCAACGAAAACCGAGACCACCGAUCACGACAUAAUUAAUCAUGCCGGUGGUGCCAGCUUUGGCGGAUGGUGCCGGCCAACUGGAGGACCUUGACGAGCCCCCAGAGCCUCGUGUACGCGGUGGAAGCGGAAGAGCUAGCCUGAUGAAGCCGUUGGUCGUUCUCGCGCUUCCUGGCAUGUAUCUUUUCUACAAGUACAGCCAAUACAGGAGGGAACAACGCGAAUUGUCUCGGAGACGUGUCACCGAGAGGGAACUUCAGCAUCUUCAUCACAAGAUCGACAAGCUGUUAACGAAGCUGGAAAAGAACGAACCGGAAUUAGCGUCCUCUCAGGAAGACGAGUGCGUGAUCUGUGUGAAUGCUAGGGCCACGAUGCAAACUGCUCCGUGUGGUCAUCGGGUUGUUUGCAGACGUUGCUUCGUCAAAACGAUACAAAUGGCCGUCUCGCAGAGGCUUUUACCGUUGAGAUGCGUCAUAUGCAGAGCAAAGAUCCUACGUCUGAAACAGACCCUCAUCCCUCGGGACUAUUCGAUGUCAGGGAAGUCUUGGGUUCUGCCACAAAGUGCGUCAGAGUAUAACAUGGGAACAGGCGUGCCGGUUGGAGUGACUGGUCCCGGUGGUAGAUGGGUCGCUGGAAAUGUGCCAGCCUCAGCGUCCUUAUACUCUAUGGCCAGUGGAUCAUCCUCUAUUUCUGGAGUGUCUUCCGUAUCUUCUACGAGUUCGUCUUCUGCAAGUAGCACAGGAAGCUCUAACCUUGGGAAGCCUACGAGGGUAAGGCAACCUUCUGGCGCGACUCUGAGACGCUCGCAGACGCAAUCCAUGAAAAUGAGAAUUCAGGAAUAUCAAGAUCCGGUUCAGCAAAUCGCUGAGGAGGAAGAGGUGAUGAGGGAAAAUCGGGAUCGCAGAUUGCCGCCGAUCAAGGAAUUCCAAAGAGACUAUCGCGCGGGAAAAGCAUCGACUAGGAUAAGAUGUGCUCAAAAAAUCGUGACACAAUUGGAAACGUCGCCGAGUCCGAGGGACUUGAGCAACGUGACCAGUUCUUCGUCCUCGUCGGCGAAGUCCACGUCGAAGAGGCCUCAGUCGGCGCCGAAGUUGUCGGUGGUCCAGGAGAUCCAGAAGUCGAAGAAGGAGAAAGAGAGGGAGAAGGAACGGGAGAAAGCGGAGAAAGCUCGUCAGAAGGAGGAGGAGAAGGCGGAGAAGACCAGGCAGAAGGAGGCGAAGAAAUUGGCCAAAGAGGAGAAGAAACGAGCGAAGAAAGAAGCGAAAGCGAGGCGAAAGGAGGCCGAGGAAGCCCUCCUCAGAGAGGAAAAGUAGUCUUCGAACUAGUCGAACAGGAGCGACGGGUAGAAGUUCAGUGCGAUCAAUAAGGUAUUCCAAGACCCUGCAGAUGGGAUUUUGAAUAUCGAUUGAUCUCGUCGUGCUCGGGGCUGGUUCAAGCUGCCUCGCGAGCGCGAUCAUUAUUAGGAAAAAGAAAAAGAACGGAAGAAAAAGAAGAAAGAAGGUAAAAUCAAAGGAUUCGUGAGCAUUUUGUAAUUCUUAGAGCCUAGUUAGAAAUUUUUCUCGGGGAGAUCGCUCGAUUUCGCACGGUGUCAAUGGCGCCAAGUGAAUGGCGUUUCAUUGUGGCGAGAACGGGUCUAUUCAUUGACUAUUUUUUACUGACACGUUGACUGACACGCGAGAUUUCUACGUUAAAUUCUAAUUUGACGUAUUCGAGACCAAUGACGUAACCGUUGCUUCAUUUAAUACCUCUACCGAAUAGCCAAAGACGUAACGUGUACGUCAUUGAUUCAGAUCAGUGUCAUUCAUUUCUUGGAUUGCCCAGAAAAUUUUAUUUUAGUGAAAUCCACUGUAGAGUAAGGUCUUUGAAACACGUGUUGGUUUUAACAUCACGUAAAAAAUUACUGUGCUACGAGCAUGAUCAUUGACGUAUGAAAUUAGUGAGGUCAGACAUAAUGUAUGUGUUUGUAUCGUAGCUUGAAAGAAAGAAUAAUUUAGUGAAAAAAAAAAAAUGGAGUACGAAUCAUUUAAAAUAUCGGAGAUAGAUCAGUGGAAGCACAUUCAUUUUAUCUAGUUAUUAGAUGUCAUUUCAAGUUUUUCCUCCCGUGAAAUUCAUUUUAUUUCAAUCUAAACAAAAUUGAUUAUUCAUUAUCGAUUAAACAUUUUAAAUUGAAAUAUAAUCUAAAUUAUUAUAGAAAAUGUAAUUUAAUAAUUUACCAAUCUUAGCGUGAAAAGUUUCUAAAAAUGAAAACAGUGGCAGUCAUCGUGUUAAUCGAAAAACUAGGAUAAGACAUUUUAACGUUUUAUAAAAUAAGCGAGACAAAGGUUGCAUAGGCUUUCGCGAUGCAGCUUGAACCACGAGAAGCGAAUCCCGAGCACUGAUGAAGAACCUUAUAGCGGCGAUAUAGAAACGUACAUAUAUCUAAGAUAACCUAGAAGCGGCCAAACUUAGUAACCUGUCAUAUCGAGUUAUCGCGGACUAAUAAUUACUAAUCGAUAGAAAGACUUGAGAAAAAAAAAAGCGUAGCGCUACGUUACAUAUACAUAUAUAUAUAUAUAUCAUAUAUAUAUAUCAUAUAUAUCAUAUAUAUGAUAUAUAUGUAUAUAUCAUUUGAUUAUUGCGUAAUCUUUAACCCUUUUGUCCCGGGCGUUUCCUUUUUGUAGGAACAGUAAACCUCGUGUGACGUUUUGUCGUUACUUUUUUAUAGGAUCGUCGAAAACCGUUCUCAUCGAUCUAAUAAGCGAACGAAAGUAAGAAAAGAGACACCCGAAAUCGUCGGUCAUUUUAGCGGUUUGACGGAGCACACCGAUCCGAGACCUAUUUUUCGACUCUGCUUCACGGACAAUACUUUGAGAAAGUGUAGUUUAAUUCGCAGUUACGAAUCUACCCUUUGUCACAUUCACGGAGAGAAACGUUACGAAGCAACUAUUUAUUGGUAGACUACGGAUGUUCAUGAAUUUUGGAUAAAUUUCGACAAUACACAUAAUACGCAAAGAUGGAGAGUUAAGAAGUUGAUAUUAAAUGUAAGUUACUAAAAUUGAUUCAUGUUAUGAAAUUGGAGUUUUUUUUGGCAAAUCGACGAAACAGUUUAAUUUAGUUUACUAGACAUCAUCUGUUUUACAAGACAUCAUCUGUUUCUUUUUAUUACCGACUUAAUAAGAGAAUAAUGUUUCAAUAAUUAAACUUAAGAAAUACCGCUUCGUAAUGAAUUGAAGAUUCCCAGUCAGAGAAGAGAUUCGUCACAUCAAUAUAUGUACAUAUAUAAUUGAUUUCGUAAUUCGAUUCAGCCUACAUAACAGGUCUGAAUUAAUUCGAGGCAAAGAAUGUUUUACAUAAAAUCGAAUGCGAGAUACGUCUUCAGUUUAUUUAUUUAUUUAUUCCGAUCUGCAUUCGAACAGUUUCGUUAAAAUGCGAAUUUAAAAUAAAACUACAAGAAGGAAAAGAAUUGAAAAGAAAUGACACAGAAAUUCAAAAUGAACAUCCGUAGUCUUUAGCAACCCUUUAUCAUUCGAUCAUGCAAUCGAUAAUCCUGUUCCUCCAGUCGAUUCGUAGUAGCCAUCAUUAGUUCGUUAGAAACUCCACUAAAUAUUGAAACCGUUUGCGUUUCCCCCGAAAACUAUCUAAAGAGAAAAAACAAAACAAAAAAAAAAAGAAUUGGGGAUAACCGGACAAGAGAAAAAAAACUCCAUGAUACUUUUAUCAGAGUACUGAUUAAAAAGUACUGAUUUCGACGGCUAAAGCGAUACGUAUACCGUUCUUUUUCGCUUUCGUCCCUGCCGAAAUGAAUUAUUUCAUCCCUUUCUCCGCGCACGUGUGUUUGUGUGUGUGCGUGCGUGUGUACAUAUGUACUCGCCAGACGAGUACACGUUUCACUCGGGGGAGAUAGACGAACAAUUCGCGUAAAAUACACGAUGAUAAGCCUAAGCGAUGACGCAACGGUUCGAUUAAUCGAAAGGAAGAAAAAAAAAGAA